AUGGAGCUCAGUGUUUCCUACGGCAAAGCUCCACCCGAUGAGGAACGCUACAAGAUCCUGGACCGAGCCUGGGAGCUGGGCGCAACUUUCUGGGAUACCGCCGCAGGGUACGGCGACAACGAAGUGUUCCUCGGCAAAUGGUUCAAGUUGCACCCGGAGCGCCGCCAGGAGAUCUUCCUUGCCACCAAGUUCGGCCUGGGCUGGAAGAUUGAUGAUGGCGGUAAGGUCAAUCUCUUUGUGGAUAGUUCGCCUGAGAACUGCAGAGCGGCCUGCGAACAAAGUCUGCAAAAGUUGGGAAUCGAUUGCAUUGAUCUCUUCUAUGUCCACCGCUUCGACCGCGUGACACCUGUUGAGAAGAUAAUGGAAACUCUGGUGGAAUUGAAAAAGGAGGGUAAGAUUAAGUACAUCGGAUUCUCGGAGUGCUCCUCAGACACCCUCCGACGCGGUUAUGCUGUGCAUCCCAUCUCGGCUGUUCAGAUCGAAUAUAACCCCUGGACGUUAGAUAUUGAGAACGAGACUGGUACCAAUCUCUUGCGCACAUGCCGAGAGCUUGGAGUCGCCGUUGUGACGUAUUCACCUCUGGGUAGAGGAUUUUUAACCGGCAAGUACAAGUCUCUGGAUGACUUGGAAGAGCAGGAUGGCCGUCGACACCUCCCACGAUUUAGCCCCGAAAACUUCUCCAAGAAUCUGGAUCUGGUGAAGAUCUUCGAACAACUGGCCACCCAGAAAGGUUGUACGCCGGCCCAAGUUGUCCUUGCCUGGAUCAUGGCCCAAGGAUCAGACUUCUUUCCCAUUCCGGGUACAAAGACGAUCAAAUAUCUGGAACAGAACUUGGGUGCUGUCGACGUUAAGAUAUCCCCUGAAGACAACAAGUACAUCAGGGACACUAUUGUCGCCAUGGGUGGUGCAAAUGGUAAGAGGACGACCGAUACAGGGUUUUAUUAUGCGGACACUCCACCCCUGUAA